UUGGAAACGGUUCGCCAAAAAAAGUUGUCCCUUAGUUGCUUAUCUUGCGCGAACGAUACCCUCCACAUUUGCUUUCGAUUUCGACGCAUCAACAGAAUGUUCGUCCGCGCGAUUGUUGUGCAUAAACAAUGUUUGUUAUUUAAAACAGAACUUUGACUUUUUCGGUGAGCUGAGUUUUUUACGGUUCUACACCCACGGUAGAAUCGCGAAACACGUCGCGUGUUAAGUAUUCAUAUUUUUGAGGCAGCUGUUUUGGCAACGUGCGCCGGUCAAUUCCCGUACCGUUGAAUAUCGUGCGGCGUACAAUUUCGUGAUCUGUUUACGGAUGGUGUAUAAAUUUAGAUUCACACAAGCAAAACGGCGGAGAGCAUUGGCCCUAAAGAGUUUGCCAACACAAGCCUCCUAGUGAUUUUGGUUGACGAGAAACACAAAAAUGUGAUGUGCAAAAAAGACAUGGAAAUCGCGAAAUAAAGUAUUGUGGUUAGUGAUAAUGUAGAAAUAUACAAAAACCAAACCUAUCUUUGGAAGCUGACUUAUCGGUGAAUUCAAAUAUUCCAUCGCACCCCGAGCGAUAAGUUACGUCUACUUAUCUGUGGUUUAGUGUUCAAACAGGCAAACCACAAUCAGUCGAAACGGCUGAUAGCAGUACCAUAUCACAUGUAGCUCUACUAAUCCCUUCGAUUGCAGUUGGCGCGACGCGAAGAGAUUAUUAUUUGAAGAGAGCUGAGUCGAAGAACUGUGACUGUGACUGAUGAUUGCGAGAUCUCCAGAUGCGCCUCAUUCACCGAUCGGAGCUCGCCGCGUACGGAACGGAUGAAAAGUGUCGCGCAGUGAAGACGCCGAGAACGUCGCCGUAGCAUUCCCCGUGUCUCUGUCUUGGGUGUUACGAAUGGUGGAAACAUAUUAAAUGCAAUCAAACAGCCAAAGAGAAUCGAAUCCCAAAGUGUUUGUUCUAAAAAUACAGCAGAGGUGAUUGUGGUAAAAAUAAGUUUACAAAUGUGGAAAAAUCACUCCAACUGCUGAAUAGAGGGUAGAGAAUAAAAGUGUGAAUAAAAGUGAGAAUUGAAGAGAGUGGUCAAGUCGGUAUACAUAAUACGGUGCCGGUGUCCAUAAGCAGACAGGAUGCCCAUGAAAGAAUGGAUCUACCGGCUGCAGCCGGUGCAGCUGUAUAUCGUGCUUGUGCUGUCGAUUAUGUACUUUCUGGUACAACUUUUUCUAAGCCACAUCUCGCAUGCACUGGUGCUGCUCGUGGAUUCCUAUCACAUGCUGUGCAACAUUAUCGCCCUAUCUGGAUGCCUUCUGACGAUCAAGCACAGUAAAAAGAGUUCAGCAGAACCGUGCAACCGCAAGCUAGUAUCCGCUUCACAAAAUUCCAUCGAUGGCAGUGAGGAUCGUUUUAUUGAAGUACCCGUACCACCGAGCGGAGACAGUUCUUCGUCCUGUGUAGUGCAAGAAGUCGUCCCGAUCACACCGGAAGAUGAUUCCACCAAAGCCAAACAAAAGGCCAAGACCAAAACGCGCCAGCAACGGGAAAGCAGCCUAAAGAACACAUUCGGUUGGACUCGAAUCGAUGUGCUCACCAUGCUGGUCGUGUGCAUCUUUCUCGCAUCGUUCUGCUUCUCUGCAGUGGUGGAAGCCCUGCAAACCCUGUCGCACAUCCACCACCAGGACGCAAUGCACUAUCCCAUUCCUGUGCUCAUACUCGGCGCGAUGGGACUCAUACUGAAUGGGCUCUGCUAUCUGCUGAUCGGCGGCUACACGUAUCACCAGGGCAGCUUUCUUUACAUCACGUCCAGCGGGACGGUAAUACUGAACCGAGUCGUCACCGGUGACGGCAUUCGGAAGGGCGAGCGUCGGCUGUCGGGGUCACGGCGGCACGUGGCAACCAGCGCGGCGGAAUCGCCAAAGCGACAAAGCGUGCGGGAACUGAUGAGAGAUAUCUGCAGUACAAUUUUCGUCAUUGUGUGCUCGAUGAUAGUGCAUUAUACCAACGAAGAUGAAGAUACGUCCAAGUUUGUCGAUCCUCUGUGUUCGAUAAUGUCUUGUGUGGUUCUUAUGACGCUUAGCUAUCCCUACAUGAAGGAAUCCGGUAUGAUUCUGUUACAAACCAUCCCGAAUACGAUCGACAUAGACAUUUUUGAACAAUCAUUGCUGAAAACCUUUCCCCAUGUUGUCAGCGUUCAUGAUCUGCACAUUUGGCAACUCAGCGGUGAAAAGUAUGUCGCAACAGCACACAUAAUUUUUCAGGAUCCUAAGGUAUAUUCUGAAGUCAACGACAUGGUAAUAAACUUCUUCCACGAUCAAGGCAUCAGCAAGGUUACCAUCCAGCCCGAGUUCAAAACCAAGCUACCAGUGUUGCCUUUGUUGGCGCCCCCCAUCGUUACGACCGCCACUACCGCCAAAACUUCCACCAGUUCGUGCCUGAUGCAGUGCCGCCAACAGGCUUGCCUCCAGAAGCACUGCUGCGAAAAUAUCAUCAGGGACGACGGCAAGAAAUCUUCUGCCAAAUCCAACUCUACCUCCAAGGAGAAGAUCGAACAGAUCCCAAUGGAAGUCCACCACCGACAACUGGAAGCCGGAACGAUUUCGAAGGAAGUUACCUCAAUCUCCGAAACCAUUAGCCCCACGCUGGUCAUCGAGAAUGAAGCUCCAGCGUCAACGAGUGCAAGCGGUGCGGAGGCACCAGUGACGGAAGAGAUCCACAUAGAGACCAUCAAACAACGCUACUAGUGUAAAGUACAAAGAACCAGUAAGACUGACCGAGUCGGAAGGUAGAACAGUCGAAAGAGAAUCCGUUACGCUUAUUGUAGUUUCAAAGUGUGUUUUUAAGUUUUAACUAUUAACUCGACAGAGAUGUUUCGAUAACACUACAAUAAAUAUUAGGUGAAGCGAUCUAACGACGGUAGACAAAAAAAGCUACUCAAACAUAGCAAAUAAAAAAAACGAAACCUCUGAAUCCUAACAAAACUAUAAAAUUAAGAUGUGGUGAUCCAUGUGAUAGCUUUACUUGCUCUAGAGCAUUAAGCCAUAUGAGAAAAAAAAUGUGGAAGUGUGUGAGAGAUAUCCUAAGAUGUUCAAUCCCGAUGUUUGGGAAACGAUUAACAAAUAAUGAAACAAUAUUUUCUACUUUAGAAAGUCAUUAAACUUUGUUAUGCAUUUCUACAGUUUGAUAGGCGUAGUAUUAACAGCUAUUAACUAUACAAUAUAAUAAUUGAAGACGAAAAUAAACGAAUUUAAGAGGUACAAUAUUGAAAUAAAAUGAAA